GCAGUACUUAGUAAGCGCGGCCGAGGCGACGACUCCGCAGUUCGCGAUCCGCUCACGAGCCGUACGGAUAAGAGAUAUAUUUUUUGCACGAGAGGCUCAUCUGGCCCCUAGCCAAUACCUAUAUCUAUCUGUGCAUCUCACACAGUCCGCUGCGGCAUUUCAAGUUUUUCGUUGUUUUUUUUUGUGAACUGCGUCGAUCGAGUGAAAGAGCGAGAGUCCGAGGCACUUGUUGCUCGCUCCGUUCGUUCAGCCGCAAGUGCACCAUCGUAAGCUUCAAGAGGGCAUCGAACAAUCAUCGAUUCCGUUUUCAGCGCGUAAAAGUUGGCCGUACGCAACGAGAGGGCCAAAAGCCCAAAAAGCAGCUCCUUCGCGAGGCGCAGCUACACAGCGGAGGAAUAGCAAAAAUCAGCGCCUGUCGUUGUCCCGUCGAUUGUCGAAAUAAAGGACAGCUGCUACGCGCCUGCGUGUGGCGUAAUAUAAACAUUAUAUAGAGAGAAGUGAGAAAGAGAGAGCCCCUGCCGGAGAGACUCUGGAGAGUAUCGCGCGGGGCUGCUGCUGCUGCUGCUGCUAUAUAUCUGCACUAUUCGGACUCGCUAUACAGUGCAGUAUACCUCACAUAGCGCAUUUAUACACACAAGCUUAUAUACAUCGAGUAGCACGCAAGGGAGAGCCGAGUAUAUAGAGAGCGCGAUUAUACGAGGAGGCAGAGAGGCUCUCUCGCUUGGCCUGCCAAGUGCUGCACCGUCGACCGGACAACGCAUCGCAUCUCUGUAUACAUACAUUAGUGGCUUCUCUCUCUUUCUGUGCUGCUGCCACUGGCUGCAUCCUACAGCGCAGUACAAGCCGCUAUACAAAUUAGCGCUGGGCUUUUGUACUGCGUUCUUCGGGGGCCGAGUGAGAGAAUAUACACUGCUCGUGUGCAUAUUCGACGGGCACGUCUUAACUCCGAUCCAGUGACCGGACAGCCGCGUACGUCAACAUGUCGAGCAACAACGCCAAAUUCGCCUCGGACGAGACGCUCGGAGGCGUCCCUACCGCCCCGUCACCCGAGUCAGUUGAGUCAUCCGAGCUUGCGAUACCGCUGUGGAAGAGCUACUUUAUGAAAAAGUCAUGGGUGGUCUGCCCGACGCCGGUCGACCGCGUGACUCCUUUGCCCUUCGGCAGCGGUAGCGAGGAGUACCUGCGACUCCUGAGGGACGCCCAGCGCGACUCGACCCACUCGUCCGCCAGGCACUCCCUGGCCUCCUCGAGGCGCGACACACCGAGAGACAGUCCCAAGAGCCCUCCCAACAGUCCCAACAACGAAUUGUCGACGGAGGAUGAGCUCAAAGGAGUCUACAUCAAUCACACCAAUCACAAGGAUGACUUUGACAAAGGAUCCGACUGGAUUUACGAUUGGAACACGAAAAUGGAAACGAGCGGACCAAAGGAGUUGAAAUUGAAACAAGCACUCGGAAUGGUUGGUAGGCGAAAAACAUACAGCAUAAGGACAGCCAAGGUGGGCAAGAACGGCCUAUUUUCCAAAGAAGUUAUCUACACGCUCUUUCUGACGAACAUACUUUCGCUCAUCAUUGGUACUGGCAUUGGUGUUUGGCUGACUAGGCGAGGCCUCAUGGUUUCGCGCAUCACCUUCGAAUGAGAGACGAGAACUUGAGCAGCAGCAGGAUAGCAAUAGUUUGAGAGGAGAGGCGUAAAAAAACUCUACGUACCGAAAAACACCGCGUUAACGGAUUAAUGGCAUAAUAAAGUAGGCGAUUACGCGUGAACUUACAUCGAACGAGUUGCUAUUUAUCGCUAAGACUGAAAAAGAUGAUAGAGGAAAAAAAGUAAAGGAGCCGACAGAGCAUUUGCCAACUUUCGGUAGAAUUUUAAAAUUGAAUCUGCGAUAAAUGCUAUUGUAUACACACACAACUAUCUAUUAUUUUCUUAUAUUGAUAUUCUCUACGCCUGAUCGUUUUAUAAUACAUAAUUACAGUGUCAUUCUCUUAAGCGCUGAUGACUUAAGCGUUCUUGUCGUAUAAGCUGAUAUUUAGUGAGAUAUACACAUAUAUUAUAUAAUUGUACGUAAAUAAAUAUUAAUCCGUAUCAUUAUUUACACAUAAAUAUUUGUUUAUAAAAUUAAACUUGAGAAAUUCGUACAAAAAAUUUGCGUCUAACCUGAAUUUAAAAAAGUCACGCUCGAGUAAACUUCUCAAGUGCAAAGUGAAAUAUGAAAAAUGUAAAAAAAAAAGGAAUUUAACAGAAUCAAUUUGUCCAUUUUAUACUGUUUCUAACGCGUUUCCACUUGAAAUAGCUAUUAAAUAAAUGUAGUUUUCAUAUAGUAUUUAUCUUUAUAACAAUCUACAAAAAGGAGGGAACAAAAUGAGUCAUGCCAUUUGGGUACAGUUUUUGAUGACACUAAAAUGAUGAUAAAAGUUUUUGCAUUUGCCAAUUAUUAUUAGACUUCCAAAUACAUGUGAAAGUAAUCAUUUAUAUAAAAUCAAUGCGAUUUCUAAUAAGAAAAUUCUAUGCAGUAACUUGAAAUUCAUUAUUGCUGUGGGUGAUAUUAUGAUAGUUUUAAACAAAGAUAGUAGAUGUGACGGAGAAUUCGAUGGUUGAGUAUAAUUUGAGAGUAACAGUUGAAUGUUUGAAGUAUUUUUAAGAAAAUUUUUGAUACUGAACGUAAAAAGUUGUGAAAAUAUCCAUAUUUGAUUUGACCGUCGAAUUCAAAUCUCCUUUCAAAAAAUCUUUGUCCUCCUUUGUGUAAACAGUACCUGUUUAAAUGAGUUUCUUCAAUUUUAUGAGUAAAUCGUGCCCAAAAAAGUGUACAUAAAAAUUUAUUAUAAUUAAAAAUCGUUUACUGUAUAAUUUAUAAAUUUGAAGCAACGCAAAAAUAUGAACUUACUUCAUACCAUAUAUUUUAUAAAUGCGAUAAUCAUCUUUUCAAAUUAAAUGAAUUUAACUUGAAAUUUUGAUGAUAAACUAGUUGAAAACAAUUCCGACAAAACAAUGAAACAGUAAUUGACUACAUGUAUCGUAAAUAUUCAAUCUUACAGUUAAUUGUUUUCUUUGAACGUUCAAAUGUAAUUGCUACAAUAACGAGAUGUUUUUAAAUCUCCUCCGAAGAUAAUUUUAAUUGAUCUUUACAAGAGUAUCACUUAAAAAUUCAUUCUUCAAAGCAUUUUUUAAAUUUGUUGAAUAUAAAAAUAAAUAAAUGCAUGUUUCAAUUCUUAUAAAAAAGUUCUAAGAGUGAAACGUUUUUAUACGUUUCUUCAGUAUAUGGAAAGUUUCGUACGGCGUUGUAGUCUUAAUAACGAUAUUUUUCAAGCCUGACUAAAUGUUUAUCCAGCACAAUUUUUAUAAUUCAAAGUAAAGCAGUUCUCUGCGAUUUUAUUGCGUACAACUAAGGACUGUGCAUGUAUAGAACUGAAAUAUUGACCAUAAUUAAUUGUAAGCUUUUUUCAGGUGAAUCAAAGUUAUUUAUAAUAUUUAACUUAUUUGUAAUAAAUAUUUUUAUCAUUCAAAA